CUCCGUGGUCGAUCAUCAAUCUCAAGGAAUAUCUAAUAGACACCACGACCGGCCUGCCACCCCCCAAGGUCCAAGAGAUGGCGCUCGAGGUCUGGAAGUGUGGGGGUGGGCGGAAAGUCUAACGGGUUGGAAUGAGGAUCAAAUACGAUUACUCAGAUCUUCGUGGCGUACUUCGACCCUAAAAACCUACAAGGUCGCAUGGGACCCCUUUCACCCUACAGGGCCCAUGGUUGCUCGAUAUCUAGCAGACCUAUAUCUUAUCAACAAGUUGUCUUAUAACACUAUUUUGCUUCACAAAUCAGUGGUAGCUACUCUGUGCAAUGCCGAAGAUGCUGGACAAAUUAGUUCACAUAAAUUGGUGAAACACGUCUUAAAGUCAAUAGCUUUAAAGAAACCGGUCACCCAUAAGCCUCCAGUCUGGAAUAUAGAUACCCUGACCUCCUUCUUAAGCUCAAACACUGUAGAUGAAAAUAACCCUUUCGCUGCUUCUCGUCAUACAGCAACACUCCUCCUCCUGUGCUCAGGCAGACGAGUUCAUGACCUGACAUUGCUGCUAGUGGACUCAGAUCAUUGUGUCGAUGACGGCAGUAACAUUAUUUUAAAACCAAUGUUUGGCUCUAAAACCGAUAGUGACACUCAUAGGCAAUCCGGUUGGAGGUUACUACCUAAUACUACUUGUAAAAAUCUGGAUCCAGUAUUUUGGGUCAGAAAAUUAAUUGAUCUCCUUAAAGACAGACGAGAUUCAGUUAACUGUCCCAACUUAUUUAUCAAUAUCAGAGGAAAAGCAAAGGCGGCCUCUCGCACUGUGAUUGCGGGAUGGGUUAAAACCGUGCUAACAGAGGCUGGCAUACCUGUUACACCGGGAAGUUUACGUUCAGCUGUAUCCUCAAAAAAUUGGUCUGAUAACUUUCCUCUGGAUGAGAUUUUGUCCAGAGGAAAUUGGAAGUCUAAAGAUACCUUUACACGUUUCUACAGACGAGAGAUAGUGCCAGCCUCUGCUAGCAAUAGCAUUACCAGAAUGUUUAAUCCAGCUGAUUAAAGUCUAUUAUUAUUAUCAAUACCAAUUAUUUUCAUUGAUUAUUGAUUGAUUAUUUGUAACAGAGGAAUGUUGUUAGUAAAGAUUUGUUAGUGAUUGUUUGUAAAGAAAAUAAAGUAUGAUCCCAUAAUAUAAAGUGUUAUUUAUUUCUUACACAUACUAAAGCUGAUUUUUAUGUAAUAUCACACUAUCUUUCAAAUGGCUUUUAUUUCACAUUGGCGUCCCCACCACCAGGCGAUAACAAACACGUCUCAAAUAGUAAGCUUCAAAUAACGGUCAAGAAUUUAAUAACAGCGUUUUACCUGAAAUAAAACGCUUAUUAAAUACUUACCUUAUUUGAAGCUUACAAAUAAUUUCUGCCUGGUAUUUUCGACUCAAUGAUUUGAGAACAUCCUCGACCCUCCAACCGAGCUCGGACCUGCCUGGUGGGGAUAGUGCGAGCGAGACAGACGUAUAAGAGUGAAGGAGAAGGACAUAUGUAGCCGGAAAUCAGGUAGGGCCUAUCUCAAAUAGUAAGCUUCAAAUAAGGUAAGUAUUUAAUAAGCGUUUUAUUUCAGGUAAAACGCUGUUAUUUU